AAGGCUGCCGCUCAACUGACGCCCACGGUCUCCUCUUAACCACCCACACUCCCCCUUUUGACUAACACUAACUCCCCUCCUUCUCUUUCUUCUCCAAAUUGUUCCUCUCACUUUUCUCUGCUCCACGUGGGCUUCUCACUCUCAUGCGAUCAUAGUUCCCAGUCACAAUGUCCCGGAGGACGCUGGGUGGAGGUCGUGUUCUAGGCCCCGCGAACGCUCGUUCUCCAUCCGCUGCUGCGAUCCCGUCUCCGCAACUGAACCACCCAAGGAACCUUGCCUUAUCGCCCUCCGCCAGCAGCCUCUCCCUCAGUUCCCAGGCGUCCGCUUCUCAGAUUUCGUCCGAUGCCCAAGACUUAACCUCGCGCAUCUCCCUCGACAAUGGCUCCACCGCGAUACCAGCCGCUCCGGCGGCUGCCGGAGCUCAGCUGGUCUGUCCGAUUUGCAGUGAAGAGAUGGUGACGCUACUUCAAUUGAACAGACACAUCGAUGACGUACACCAAAACCUGGAAGACGAUCGACAGGAUGAAGUUAAGGACUGGUUCAAGACCCAGAUGGACAAGGCGAAGCGAUUCCAGCCUCUUGCCGUACUGAAUCAGAAACUCAAGGGGCUCGACGUGUUCGAGUCGAACGAGAAUCUCCAACUGCCGUUCGUGGGCCCGAGUCGCGCGUCGGCCGGCCCGGCCGGCUCGACACCACAUUCACAUUCGAAUCCCCCGCCGCCGUUGCCGUCGUCGUCGUUGUCGGAGAGAUCGCUUGAUCCGGAUGAUAUUAUCACGAAGGAACAUUGGCAGGGGCGGAGUCUGUUCGAUUCGUGCUUGGAACCCUCGUGCGGGAAGCGGCUCAAUGCGACGAAUGGCUGCGUCAAUUGUCGGAAGUGCGGAAAGCUGUUCUGCGAGGAGCAUACGAUGUAUCAGAUGAAGCUGUCGAGGUCGGCGCAACAUGAGCCGGUGAGGGGGCUGUGGUGUCGGGUUUGUGAGACUUGCUACAAGUCGAGGGAGGGGUAUAAUGAUCAUACCGGUUUGACUCGAGACCGGAUGGAUGAAUUCAAGGCGGUGCGGAAACAAACGGUCGACAAAGCUCUGCUGGAGGUAUCACGUCUGGAGAAGCGUCUGACGCGACUGACACAGCUGUUGGCAAGCUUGCCUGUGGAUCAGAUCCAGUCAAAUGCCAACAAGCUGUGGUCGCUCUCGUGGCAGGGCGACCAACGGAAAGCCCUGGAGCAAACGAUUGUCAGCUGGCAGGACGAUGCGAGCGUUCUUCGUUGUCCCUUCUGCCAGCAGGAAUUCUCUAGCUACUCUUUUCGGAGACACCACUGCAGAACUUGCGGGCGAGUCGUAUGCGGUGAUCCCGCAACGGCCUGCUCCACUGAGGUGCCCUUGACUAUAUCGUCUCACACGGCACUCGCAACAACACCUGCUGAGAAGUCGGAUCGCGCAGGCGUGAUCAAUGUUGACGUCCGGCUCUGUGAGGACUGUCGAUCGACUUUGUUUGACCGACGUGACUUUGAAGCUGAACUACUCCGAAAGCCCCCCGCGGUGAGGGCAUAUGAGAAUCUAACACAGUUCGAACGAGGCAUUCGACUCCUGUUGCCGAAAUUCCAGAAGCUUCUAACAGCUUUGCAAGACCCUCGACGGCCCCCGUCGUCAGCACAAAUCGCAGAAGCUUCCAAGGUCCGUAAACGCCUCACGGACUCUUUUGCACAGUAUGAUGUCGCUGCUAGGCGUGUCCGGGAUAUGCCUACCGAGUCACCAACGCAACAACGUCUGCAAAAGGCCAUCUAUCAGCAGGCGAGCAACUUCUUACAUCUACAUAUGUUGCCGUUGAAGACGCUACCGAAGCUGCUCAAGCACGCCACACCCAAUGGACGAUUACCCGGCCCCAGUAGUACCCCAGGAAGUCCCAUUCAGGACCCAGUCGGCAGUCCCCGACGGCCCGAGUCCGCUUUGGCCUCGAUUAAAUACGGCAGCAUCGCAGCCAGCGCAAGCACCAGCAGCCUCACCAGCGACACCAGCAGCGCUGUUUCCGCGCUGGAAGCGGAGGAGAAAGCACUCCGGGAGCGGCUGAUUGUCCUUGAGGAACAGAAGUUCUUUGUGUCGGAGAUGAUCGCGGAUGCGAACCGGCGUCGCAAGUUCGAUGAGGUCAGCAGUCUGGCGAUGAAUGUCGAGGACCUCACGCGAGAGAUAGACCGGGUCAAUGGCAUGCUGGAUGGCUUAGACUUUGAGGGUGUCUACACCGGCAAUCGUCAGCAGACUAAUUGAUAUUGGUUUUUAUGCUUUUGAUAAUUGGCUUCCCAUAUCAGGGGCCUUGAGACCUCCACGAAUCCUUGCAAUUUCUGAGUUCGAGCCCUGUGCAGGCACGGCGUUGGGCGGGUCGUUUUGGUUUGCGUUGAAGAUGCAUAGCAUGGGCGUUUUGUAUGUAUGUAUGAAUGUAUGCAUGCGUGAUUGGAUGGUGGACUAGCUUGUCGAAUUGAGGACUCGGAUUUUCAUUGAGUGGAGUAAUGUACAGCGUGUAUCGUUAUGCUGGGUCAAGCAGUUCGGAGAUGUUGCAGGAGGCCAGCGGUUGCAUUGCGGUUGCAUUGCGGUUGCAGCGACAUUUGCCUUCUUUCCCUCUCUUCCUCUCUUCUUCCAGCAUGGCACCUCUAUCGCGGCCGAGGACUAUCCAUCCUACCAAUUCUCUCCUUCUGGUCUUCCCGCUGG